AUGAUGGCAGUUGUUCUAGGGUUAUUGGAUUUUAUUGUUGCCGGCGUUUCCCUCAUCUUUGGUCUCUGCCUUUUCGGUUUCAUUGCUUCCCUUCUAUGUGUUGUCGCCUUCUUCAACAACGCUAAAGACGUUUCCUAA